ACAAACUGAUCAACGUUCACUUCCUGUACCUAAGUUCUUGCAGUCCGAUGAUGUUGCAAUAAUUAGCAAGGUUGAAGGAAUCCACAAACCUGAUGGUCGCCAAGUUGAUGUUCAAAACUUAUUCUCUAUUAUUACCAAGAUCUUGCUUCACGACAAUCCCAGUGGUGGAACAUCUACAGGAAGUUUUGAAGUACCUGCUCAAAUUAUAAACAAGAUCUGUUGCGAGAUAUCAUGCAAUUGCUCCGGUCGGAAUACUCAAGAAACAACUACAAUCUUACUUGAAAAGUUUCUUUCAAAGUAUUCAUGGGAUGCGAAGCUGGUGAUAAUGGUGGCCGCAUUUGCUGUCAAGUAUGGAGAAUUUUAUCUGCUUACUGAGCUUUACACUAAAAAUCCAGUUUCCAAAAAUAUAGCUUUGCUCAAGCAACUGCAAGGCGUCGUGGAAGAUGCUGAAUUAUUGGAACAAUUUUCUGGAGCAAUUAUUGACCUUAACAAGGCUAUGGUUGCCUUAAUUCGAACUGUUCUCCAGUUCAAUACUUUACCUUCUGAGUAUCAUACAAGUAAUAAACCGCCAUUUUCAACUGUCAUAACUGAUAUUGUCCGAGCUGUUUAUUGGACAAUUUAUAGUGUUGUGACUUGUGUCUCUCAUUUCGUUGCCCUUAUUGGAUCGAAAAAUCAGCGCACCAUUGCUGCAACAAUGACAUGGGAACUGUCGGAACUGGCCACUAAAGUGAGCAGUAUUCAGACAAUCCUGCAAAAGCAUUUUUCUCGUAUUAAACAAGAAAUUGAUGGAUACAAUGUGCUGGUCAACCUUUUUGAGACUGUCCAAGACAUUACAGCAAUCUUCCAGGCCUUCUUCCACGUGGAGGGUGGGAAGCUACCCCUUGUGGUGGGCAGCACUAAGGCAGAGGUGAAAAUUGAGGUAUUAAAGGAUACAAAAGUUUUGCUGCUCAUUUCUGGACUUGACAUAUGGCAAGUAGAGAUUAAAGCUCUUGCUAAAUUGUACGAACAUUUCAAAGCAAUGCACAAUAUUCAGUAUCAACUUGUUUGGAUUCCAGUCGUGGAGGGCAAUUUGGAUGAACAGAAACUUUUGUCUUUGCAAUCUCUGAUGCCAUGGUUUACUGUAAGACACCCUUCACUUAUCAAACCGGAGGUUAUCAGAUACAUCAAGGAAGUGUGGAAGUUCUCGAAACACGCAAUAUUGGUGCCGUUUGAUCAAAAGGGACAUGCAGAAUCUGUUCAUACUCUUGACUUGGUUUGGGUAAAAGGACAUUUGCCUGGUCUACUCCCAUCAUCACCUGGAACGGAGAUAUCACCAUGGGAAGAGAAGCAGUUGACGCUAGAUAUUCUUAUUCAUGAUAUUUAUCAUGUUGACUCGACUAAACCUGCACCAAUCAUAUGCCUUUAUGGAGGAGAAGACAUGAAAUGGAUUGAGGAGUUCAUUGCAGCAAUAACUCGUGUUAAAGAGUUCACCAAGUUGAACAUAGAAUUAGUUUAUGUGACCAAGAGCAAUGCAGUCGAUGAAGCCAACAAAGCUAUUUUCGAUUUCAUUACUGCAAAGAAAAUUGGUGUGCAUUGGAAAGCGGAAGAAACAUACAGUUGGCGAUUCUGGACUAGAAUAGAAAGCAUUUUCUCUUCAGGGCUGAAAAAUGGAAAAAUUGCAAAACAAGACAAUAUAAUGAAAGAUGUGAUGACUUUGCUUAGCUUUAAUGGAAGCUAUAAGGGAUGGACUAUUUUUGGACAAUUGGGAUCUCAUCAGAAAAUUGCUAAAGCAACCGGGGAAGUUAUUCUGCAGAUUUUGCUAAAAAUAAAUACAUGGUGGAAACCUGGCACUAGUAUUGACUCUUUUCUUACAGCAAUUAACCACCAAAUCGAACAACAAAAUUCUGUCCAAGCACACCAUUGCAACCACAUUGUCCUCCCGGCGACCAUUCCCGAGAUUCCGGAUGAAUUGAUGACAUGUGCAAUAUGUGACCGGAAAAUGAGCAAGUACCUGAUGUACCGGUGUUGUAUUUAGUAAGUGAGUUUCAUGCAAUAUCUGCUAGAGGUUGGUUGCAAGAAUAAUUUAGUUAUGGGAGUUAUGUUUGUUUCUGUUUUGUUUGAUGUGUGGUUAAUGUAAUGUCUAGCUUGUGCUAGAUGAGUGUGCUUUCGUUAGUUUGUGUCCUGGAACUGGUUCCCAUGUUGCACCUGUAGGAACUGGUAUGCUAUGAUAUAAUAAAAACUUGAAGGUUCUUUGUUUC